AUGCCGAGCCGCGCAGCCGCGCUUUGCACCAUGGGCCUUUCAGGAACGGCGUUUGUCAGUCUUCACCGUCCCACAGCAACUCCAGUGCGCAGCCAGAUCUGCACCACGGACCCUGCAAGCUCAAACCGUGCCUUCCUCAAAGGGGCCGGUGGUGGCAUAGCAAUGACAGGAGCUGUAGCUGCUGCAGCUGGCCAAGUGCGUCGAGCUCCGCACUGCAAGAGAAAAGCCACUGUGGCUAUGCAUGCAAGAGGGGCUGAUGAUACAUCCAUGAAGGUUGCGUAUGUUUUUGCCACCAAUAUGAGCUCCACCUUCAAACUUGCCCAGAUGAUCUUGCCUCAACUCGAGAACGGCAAUCACGGCGCACAAGUGAGUGGGAUGAUGUUCUUCGACGACAAUAUUUUCUGCCUCAAAAAGGGGGACCCAAUAGGAGAGCGUUUGGCCAGGGUGGCCAAGGAACAUGGAAUUCUCCUGAUGGCAUGCGAUCAGUGCGCCAUCAGACGGAACCUGGCAGACGGGACUAUGGAGCAGUGUGGCAGUGGGGAGGUGACCCCCAAGGGUCUUUGCGAUGGGGUCAUGGUCGGCUGCUUUCCCCAGCUCUACGAAGCCCUGGCGGGUGCGGGCGUCCACCAGGUGAUCUCAUUGUAG